UACACCUGCAAACUGCAACUACUACCACCACACCACAUUGCACUUGCUUUCUUGUUUCUUGCAACGAUCGACGUACGACGCCAUGGGCGGCGACGGCGAGUUCUUCAGCGUGGGGGAGUGCGACGGCCAGAAGACCAUCGACGGCGAGCAGGUGCCGCUGGUGCUGACGCCGGCGUCGUCCGGCUCCGGCGAGCGAGGCGGCGAGGCGCUGGCGGCGGCGCUGCGCGCGAGGCGCGAGUGGGUGGAGGCGAAGGUGGUGUCGAACAGCGCCGUGCUGCUGCGCGGGUUCGGCGUGCGCGACGCUGCCGAGUUCGACGCCGUGGUGGGCGCCCUGGGGUGGCCGGACAUCCGGUACGUCGGCCCGGCGCCUCGCACCCACGUCCACGGCCGCGUCUGGACCGCCAACGAGGGCCCCCUCGACGAGUUCAUCUACUACCACCACGAGAUGGUCCUGAUAAAGGAGUUCCCGGGGAAGGUGAUACUGUUCUGCGAGGUGGCGCCGCCGGAGGGAGGGGAGACGCCGUUCGUGCCGAGCUUCAGGGUCACGGAGAGGGUGAUGGAGGAGUUCCCGGAGAUGGUGGAGGAGCUCGACGAGAAGGGCCUCCGGUACACGUUCACGGCGCUGAGCAAGAACGACACCAAGUCCAUGCGCGGCCGAGGGUGGGAGGACGCCUUCGCCACCACCGACAAGGCCGAGGCCGAGAAGAGGGCUCGGGCGCUAGGGAUGGAGGUGGAGUGGCUGGCGAACGGCGGGGCGAGGACGAUCCUAGGGCCGAGGAAGCUGACGCGAGUCUUCCCGGGGCGGCAGGGUCGGCGGAUGUGGUUCAACACGGUGGUGGGGAUGCACGGGAAGGCACUGAGCUCGGCGACGAUGGCGGACGGCGCCGAGAUCCCAACGGCGUUCGUGGCGCGGUGCGGCGAGAUCAUCGAGGAGGAGAGCAUCCAGUUCCGGUGGGAGGUGGGCGACGUGCUCAUCCUCGACAACCUCGCCACCCUCCACGGCCGCCGCCCCUCGCUGCCGCCCCGCCGAGUCCUCGUCGCCACCUGCAAGUGAAAUGUCGUCACAUCACUUCUUAUUACUCUCUCCGUUUCAGGUUAUAAUACGUUUUGACUUUGGUCAAAGUCAAACAGUUUCAAGUUUGACUAAGUUUACAGAUAAAUAUAGCAAUAUUUAUA